ACGAAACUCAUCACGUGACCGUGUCGGGAUCAUUUUCGUCUCAAACGGGAAUCAUAAUUUUUGAAUUGCCGUUUGCGCUCAGCUGUCCUCCCCAUCCCCGUUGCAAUCAUGGGCAAGAAAGCUGCCAAGUCUAUGAAAAAGUUCGCUGCAAAGGGGCAGCUGAAGAAGACCAUCGAUGCCCGCCGUAAGCAUCAGCAAACGAAAAAGAAAAUAUCGAACAGAAAGGGCAAGGGCAAGCAGUCGCGGAACGAAUCAGUUGACUCUGGGGGCGAGGAGGGAGAAGAGGAAGAGGAACAGCCUACAGCAGGUCCUUCCUCUGGGAAAGCAACGAAGAAGCGCAUGUCCGUCGACAACUUUUUGAAUGGCGGCUUUAUGGAUGGAGAAGACGACUCGGAAGCCGAGGGAGAGGUUCUAAGUGAGGAUGAAGAAGAUGAAAUGGAUGAAGACGAAGAACAGGACGAAGUGGAUGAUGACGCCUCGUUUGCUUCAAUAGACGCCAUGGAUGACGAUGGCGAAGCUCAUCUCAUGGAGCUGUCGAAGCUCGCGGAAAAGGAUCCAGAGUUCUACCAGUAUCUCAAGGACAACGACGAGGAGUUGCUCAAAUUCGAUCUUAAAGAUGCAAUCGAGGAAGACGACGAGGCCGGAGGCGAUGAUGAUCUCAUGGGUGAAGAGAGGAUUCCUGUUCUGACUAAAGGAAUCCUCCAAAAGUGGCAGAAGUCUCUGCUCGAGCAACGUUCGCUGCGAGCUCUGCGGAAGCUUUUGAUUGCAUUCAGAUCCGCUGCGCACAUGAACGAAGAUGGCCAGGUCCUCGCGUGGACCAUCGACAGCUCUUCUGUUUACGCCAAGGUCGUGACUACAGCCCUAAAAUACACUCCCGUCAUCCUCGAUCACCACGUACCCUACAAAAUCUUGGCCAGUGGAAGAAUCAAAGCGCCAACACAGACGCCCAAGAUGAAAGCCCUGCAAAAGCUCAUUCUGUCCUAUUUCCAGAAUGUAGUGCACAUCUUAUCGCAGCUGACCGAUCCGGAGAUGCUCCAAAUUGCAGUCACAGAAAGUGCGAAGAUCAUUCCCUACGUCCUCAGCAGUCGGAAGGCUGUCAAGCUCUAUCUGAAGAAAUGCUUGGAGCUUUGGUCCAGUGCCCAGGACAACAUUCGCAUCGCAGCCUUCCUGGCCAUUCGGAAACUGGCGUCGACAGCGGAUGAAAGCGUCCUUGAUAGCGUGCUGAAGGGUACUUACCUAACCCUGAUUCGGUCCUGCAAAGCGACUAGUGUACACACUCUUCCGUCCAUCAAUCUCAUGAAGAAUUCCGCGUCGGAAGUCUUCGUGCUUGAUGCUGCGGUUUCUUACCAGCAUGCGUUCGGGUACAUCCGGCAGCUCGCAAUUCACUUGCGGAACAGCAUGAAGGUCAAAACUAAGGAAGCCUACAAGCAGGUCUAUAACUGGCAAUACAUCCAUUGCAUCGACUUCUGGUCGCUCGUCUUAGCCAGAGCAUGCGAUAUAACCGCUGAAAAUGAAUCCGGCAAGGAGAAUGAACUCAAGCCUCUUAUCUACCCUUUCGUGCAAGUCAGUCUAGGGGCAAUCAAACUGAUCUCUAACGGGCGCUCUUAUCCCUUCCAUCUACAUGUCAUCAGGUCUUUGCUUCACCUGACUCGACACACUCACACCUACGUCCCGAUCUCCCCAUACCUUCUGCCCAUCAUCACGUCCACGCUGACUCCCUCUGCUCGGCCCAAGCAAUCUACUCUCCGACCCCUCGAUCUCGAGGUCCAGAUCCGGGCACCGCAACAGUAUCUCAAAACCAGGGUUUAUCUUGAGGGCCUGGUCGAGGAGUCGGUGUACUUGCUCGCUGAGUGGCUGGCAUCGACCCCAAUUCAUGGCAGCGCGGCAUUCCCAGAGAUUGUCGUCUCUGUCGUGGUCAUGCUCCGCAAAGCUGUCAAGUCGGCCAAGACGGGGUCCGGGAAAGACACAGCGCUUGUCAAGGGGUUGCUCGAGCGCAUCGAGGAGAGCAGUCGGUGGGUCGAGCAGAGGAGGAAAAGCGCGGUUCUGGCACCAGGGAAGCUCGACGAACUCCGGGAGUGGGAAAACACGCUCGCAGCGUCCGUUGUAGAUUCGCCGUUGGGCAAGUACGUCAAAGUGCAGCGCAAGACCAGAGAUCGACAACGCAAAUUGGCCGAAAAGGCUCGGCAAGGAGAAGACGAAAUCCUAGAGGAUUGAUGAGUCUCGUGUAGCGUACGCCAUAGAUAGAUUCUGAUAGAUCACAUUCAUGUGACGUACUUACUGAGAGCAACGAACAUAGGACGAUCUGUCUCUCUCUACCAGAUACCAAAGAACACUUUCCACUUCGGCCUCUCAAUGCCCUGGACACCCUUUUCGAUACCCUCGGCAAGUUUUUCGUAGUGAAUAGGAGCAGAUGCAGGUUUAAGUGUCUUGUCCGUAAGAGGGUACUGCGGAGAUUCAAUUUUCCGAAUGACGAUUGCUGGACAGGUGAGAAGUCGUUACCUCGUUUUGAGCAGCGUUGCGCUCCAAGGCUUCUGCCGCGGAGACGGCUUGCGGAGUGAGAUUCGGGUGCGUGGCCAAUGACUUGAGGAAGUUUUGAAGCUGGAUGUGCGGCCGCAUAGGAUCCACGGGGCACGCGGCGGCAACCCGCGCCAUUUCUUCUGCUAGUUUUCUCGUAGCCAUUGCUUGAUACGUAGAAUUGCAGAGAUUGUGAGGGAAGAAGGAGUGCAC